ACGACCCAAACUCUUAUUCUCGAUAAACAUAUCGAGGACAUCAUUCCAGAUAAAGAACCAGAUCAAAAGGAAAAGGAAGCCGCAUUUGUCACUACUCAGGAUCGUGUUACUCCCGAAGUAUGCGAUGCUAUUACUUCUGUAGCAUGUGAUGAUGGUUGUAUCGAACUAAACGGAACAGUAUGCAAAGAACUCGAUCUUCCGAAAGAAGAAAUUAUUAGUACAGUUCAGAAGAACGUUACUAAUGAAAAACUUAAAUCACCUAAGUCGUCAUCAUGGUUGUCAAUCUUUCUUACCUUAAAAAUGCCGCAUCUAAACUUGGAGAUCAAUGUAAAGAUAAAUACGACAAUCCGUGACUAUCUUUCGAAGCAAAUAGGAGAUGCUAACGCUAAAAAAGAACUUUUGAAUUUCACGGAUAAUUAUGUAGUCGACAAUUGCGCCAAAAAAAAGUCAUUAAGGGCAAAAAGAGGACUGUUAUUGUACACAUUCAAACAUCAACAACUCCCGAUAAAUGCGAAGAUAGAUGUCGUAUCUAAACAAAAAGAUGACGGGUCCUUUGAGAUAAGUGAUACUAUUUGUAAAGAAUUAGAAGUCCCUACAGAAGAAAAGGAACUUGUAACUGCAGUCAAAUUGUGUACUCUUAAUGAAAAAUUUCAAUCUCCUGA